AUGAAUAAAAUUAAGAUAGUUCAAAAUGUAGAAAUACCAGAGGAUGAUCCUUCUUUCGAAUUUAAAGAUGACAAGCAAUGUGUGAGACCACAAGCCGCAAGAUUCAGAAUCUAUGGUUGCGAUGAAAAUGGCAAUGUUGUACGAGAGAUCAAACUUACAGACAAAAAUAAUUCCGUGGAUGGUAUCAAUGAAUAUAAACCUGAUGAUCCUAAGAGAAAUGCUGUAAUUUUGGCAAAAACUUUGGUUAUCAAAACUGUUCCAAAUUAUCUAAAAUUUGCCAACCAUCUGCAGAAUGGCCAAAAAAUAAUGGGUUCUCGUGGCACCUCCAAAAUAUGCACCGGGUAUUCCAAAUAUUGUGUCGUUGUAUCAAAUUAUUUGGGAAACCAGCAUCCAAAUGAUCAUAGGGAUGUACAGUGGAAUAUUAUCGUACAUCCAAUAUUUGGCGCAAUCUGCAGAACCUCUUGGGUUAAUAAGAAGGCUUUUAUUGAACCUGAAGUUGGUUCUUUUUUCUUGACAUUGUGGUUUUUGCUUGAUUCACCUAACGAUAUGUUUGUUCCAUUGUCGACGAACAGGAAAGGCAUUUUAGCUCUAAUUCGAAUACCAAAAGCUAUCGCAUUCACAGCUGAAUAUAACGGUCAGGCUUAUGAUUAUUUUAUGCCAGCUUUUUCUGGUAAUAACGGAGAUCUCGAAGCUAGCUCUCCAGAUACGUUACUCGCGGACAAUACCU